UCAAUUCCAACAUCCUUCAGUUGGGUUUGCAUCUCUUCUCUUUCCUCAUACUACUUCUUGUCAUUCUUGGACCGCGAUACCUCAGAGAGUGGAUUUUCUGUCGUAGUCAAAAUCGAGGGUCUUAGAACCAGCCACAGCCAUGUUGUCAUCCUCUCUUACCGCCUUGCCGCCCACUUCGGAAGCUCCUACUCUUCCUUCAGAGCCCUCUCCACCUAGGCCGGCCCCUAAGCGUACAUAUGGACGCGCCAAACACGUCUCUCCGCCACCAGACAAGGUGGAAUUUUCCUCAAUUACCAACACUUCUGAAUUUGGCGAGCCGUCUUCUGCAAGAGAUAAUACGCUUGUUAACAGAUGGACAGAUCUAUCAUCUAACUGGAGGAGUCAGCUGGCUGAAAUAGAUGCCCCACGCGAUGGUGCGGGGCUAGCAGAAGACCCAGAAGAACUGGCACGCGAGAUGGCACGACUGAGGGGCGAAUUGAGGGGUAAAAAUGGUUCGACCUCUACCUUGGUCACCGAGGAACAAGAUCACACACGAAAAUUAACUGCCAAAGCGACCGGCGGCCUUACUGUAUCUGUCAACGGAUCUUCGCAGGCAUCACCAUUUUCCAUGCCGCCCUCAUCGCCACCCAAGCGCCACUCGUCACAAGCGAGCUCUGCAUUGUCAGAACCACAAUCACUGCUACAAGUUUCGGAGGCCUCAGAGACGACCGAAGAGGAGUCUUAUGUCCUAAAUCGACUUUUAAAAGGGAAAUCUCGAAGCGUUAUCGCGUCUGAUGAGGAAGAGGAGGAAGAGGAGGAAACACCCAAGCGCCGAGCGCGUUCAGAGUCCAGUCAAAGCGCGUCUCCUCCUCUUUUCUCUAGCCAGGAGGAGUUGACAGAGCAGAAUCCUACUGAGAAGGAUGCAGACUCUGACAAAGAGAAGGAUGAUGGCGAAGAUCAAGAUAUCGGGGCACUUCUGGCGCAACAAAACGAGGAAGUGGAGACCCAUGGACAGAGAGAACAAGAGAGAGCGAAAGAGGGACAAUUUUCGCAGGCUCGUGAAGAUCCCUUAGCAGAGCUGAACGACCUGUUCUCCGACGAUAAAGAUUCGGAUGAACAUGAAAAGUCGAAUAAUAAGGGUCUCAACAAGCGGAAUAAGGAAACAAUGUAUAGGGAAAUCGAUGCUGCAAAGCGCCAACGCCCUGUCCACCUCCCUAAACCAAAUGCGAAAUUGGCGCCUCUGGGCGAUUGGCUCAACAAGUGGAAAGCCGUGAAAGAUAGCUCUCCCCCUCCUCAUCAACUCGUGAUCAAGGAAGCAUCGCCCGCCCCACAACCGCUAAUAAUUCCCUCCUCUGAGAAUGACCCGAUAACGCUCUUCACCCCAAGUUCCACCGCCCAUGUGCACGUCCCUUCGACCCAAAUCAAAACAUCCACCAUCAGCUCCUCCCCUACUCCCAAUUCAAUCCUUCGCCCUUCCCGUGACUACUCCAAAUCGAGAAUAAGCCAGUCUUCUAGAGUGCUAGGGACUUCUGAGCCAAAUGAGCAGGAAGAAGAGGACGAAAACCAAGAUUUCGGUGCAUUCAUGGAGAAGGAGGAGAAGAAAGAUACAGCUGCGGAGAAGCAAGCUGAGAAGAUGAGAAACUUGAAAGAAAUUAAGGCAAAAUUGGCGCGUGAAGCGGCUUUGCGAAACAAACCAAAAUCGAAAGCAGACGAUGACGACGACCUCGAUAUCGUCCAAGGCUCGCGCGACUUUCUUCUUGAAGGUAGAGGCCGGGCAGGCGGUAGUGUCAAACCGAAUACUAAAACUCUGGAUAUUAUCCGUGCUGCUGCCUCUCGCAGAUCGACCACACCUUUUGAGAAGGGCGGUCCGAAACCCCAGUCGAUGUCCCAAGAAGCGACUGAAACCUAUGUCCUUCAUGCCGCCCACACGCCCAACCAUGCUUCUUCUAAAUUCCUUAACGGUGGUGUGCGUCCUGCGGGCCAGAAGAAGGGCAGGGACGGCGCCAUCUCGCAGGCCAAGUUGAAUGCAUACAUAUUGGAUAAGCAUAGGCAACAGGCGAACAUGACGAAGGGGAAGAAGGAGGAGCAAUGGGGAAGAGGGAGGAUUUUGCCUGAAAGAGUGACGCAGGACGUGGAUGAACUUGUAACGCAAGCGGAACAGGCUGGUGAGGAGGAAGAUGAAGACGGAGAUGAGGAUGAAGAUGAUGGGGAGUACGCACCGGAUGAUGAAAGUGAAGAGCAAGAAUUGGUGUAUAGCGGUGAAGAGGAGGAAGAUGAGAAAAGUGAGGAACUUCCGAUGAAGGACGAGCCUAUUGCCGACACCUCUGGAGACAAGGGAAACCAAUCCCAGUCUGAAGAAGAGGAAGAGGAGGAUUCAGCGCUUAUUCUCAAACGAAAAAGUAAAAAGCCUCGUGCCUCGGCACGGGUUCUUGAAUCAGACGACGAGGAUGAAUCUGUGCCUCCUAAAGCUCCUACCCCUCGCGAGCCACUGGCAGAAACCGCCAUCUCUAACCUCGCGCCGCUGGCCGCUGAUAUCGAUAUAGACCUUGCAGGGUUUGGUGAGGGUGGUAUGUCGCAGUUAUUCGAUGCUACCCAGAUCGACAACGCUGGCGACGGGGAGGAUGCUUUUGCAGAGUUGCGCAACCGGAAACCUGUCGGCCUCCUUCCAACCCAGUUAGAGCUCCCACCUCUCCAGAUCUCUGAAAGCCAAGCGCUCAGAGAUGAUCAGCUCGUCAUUGCCGCUAUUGAGGACGCUGCAAUGGAGCGGGCGAGGGAAUUGGAGGAACCUGCGAAGCGAUAUCUGAACACACAAGGAUUGUUUACCCAAACCAAACCGACGACGCCUGAUGAGGAUUACGAUCCUUCCUACGCCCUUGGCGGUGGCAGUCCUACUCCUCUCACCCAGCGUGAUACUCAAUAUGCGAAUUCAAUGGGACAAACUUUCCCGAGGCGUAAUGGCGACAUGGUCUCUUCUGAUCAAUUUAGCCCUACUCAGAAGUUGACUCGACUCAAGAGAAGAGUUUCAGGAUCGCCUCGUUCCCCUGACCGUUUACGAGAAAGUUCCCCUGAAGCCAGCGCCGAUGAACUUGAGCCAACACAAGUUUCCGAGGAACAACAAAAUGCCUUUGACGUCUUACGCGCUGGUGCCAGAUUGGCAGCCAAUCCCCUUGACAUCCCUAUCAUCGAAGCUGAGAGAAAGAAGAAGGGUAAGAAUAAGUCUGCAUUCCUUGAGGCGGAAGCCGAGGAGAGCGACGAAGGUGAUGGUGGAUGGAUGAAGACAACUGGUGGCGAAGACGAAAACUCUGGAGAUGAAGGAGAUGAUCGCUUUCUCGAGGAACUUGUCGACGACGCCGCCGUUUCUGCAGAGGAGAAAGCCCGUCAGGAUGAGCUGGCUGCACAGAUGAGAAAGCAGAUUGAAGACGAGGAUGACGCAAGAAGACUAGAGGAGGCGAGGAAGAUUACCGAGGGUGAACAUAGGAAGAGGAGAAAAGGGCAGGACUUCUACGACGAUGAUAGUGAUGAUGAGGGCGUGAGAUUGAAGAAGCUCUCUAGAAAGGAGCGAAAAAGGAGAGAACUGGGUAGAGCAGAGGGUUUACUAGAUGGCGAGAUCAAUGUCUUCGAGCAGGAAUAUCACAGGGAUCUGGACUCUGAUCAGUCUGACGUUGGCGAAGAAGAGUAUCACCCAUCUGUGCUUGGUGGUGUUGAGCGUCUGUCACCGGAACCUGAGCCUGUCGAGAGAUUAUCAUACGGCGACAGAAGAGUGCGACUCCAGAAGGUUGCAAAGAUGAAUGCCCAGAGGGACAUGGAAACCAUGGAUCAGGAGAUGGACGCCGAGCUAGGUUUAGGUGUGAAGCACCACAUCUCUGGACGUUCUCGCGCAACUGCCAUUCAUCUAGGAAUUGACGAAGACGUAAUUAUGAAGGAUUCAAACUUCAAUAUCAAGCGUAACGUUAGGUAUACCAAAAAGAUGGAGCAAGUGCCUGCUGAGGAUGAUGACCUCGUUACCUACUCUUCACACAAGAGAGAUGGUGACCGCCUUCAGCAAUUUGAAGCCUAUCUGCGAAAUGAAAGCACCUAUAAUCGAGGCGUCAAUUCAAGAGGUGGUGGGGGCGGUAAUUUCUCUGUUAUUAGACGUAAUGGAGGAAAUUCGAACUCCGGUAUAGGAGAAAAUAUGGGCAAUAGUGUAGGCGGUGACGUUUUCGGCAGAGGAAGACCCGGGCCGAUGCCGCAAAGGAGUAGCACAAUGUCUAGCAGUUCGAGCGGCCUAGUUGGGUUAUCCAAAGGAGACAAAUUCGCCUGAUGUGGUACUAUAAAGCCUAUGUGCUCGUGAUUCUUGGGCGGUAAUAUUAGCAUCUUCAGUAUCUUCAAUAUUGUUUGUUUUUAGACUUGUAUGUAGCUUCCCUCCUUGUUUGUGCAUCUUAAAAUCGGUAUGCAUGAGACAUGACAAC